AUGGUUGGGAGGGUGCUCAACGAGACGAGUUUCAUGGGCGUCACGGUAAUGGGGCGUCGUGCGCCAAUGUGUAUGACCUUGACAUGUUAUCUUUUAAUGAUUUUCGAAGGUUUGCGUAUGUCUGCGCAUGUUUGUGUAUGUUUGUGUAUGUUUAUGUAGGUUUGAGUAUCUUGAUGUUUGUUUGUUUAAGUUUGUGUAUGUUUUUGUAUGUUAGUGUAUAUUUGUGUAUGCUUUGUAUGUUAGUGUAUAUUUGUGUAUGCUUUGUAUGUUAGUGUAUAUUUGUGUAUGCUUUGUAUGUUAGUGUAUAUUUGUGUAUGCUUUGUAUGUUAGUGUAUAUUUGUGUAUGCUUUGUAUGUUAGUGUCAAUUUGUGUAUGCUUUGUAUGUUAGUGUAUACUUGUGUAUGCUUUGUAUGUUAAUGUAUAUUUGUGUAUGCUUUGUAUGUUAGUGUAUAUUUGAGUAUGCUUUGUAUGUUAUGUAUUUUUGUGCAUGUUAGUGUAUAUUUGUGUAUGCAUUGUAUGUUAGUGUGUAUUUAUGUAUGCUUUGUAUGUUAGUGCGAUUAUUAGUUACCGGUUUUGUAAAAUGUUUGUAAUUUAAUAUAAAUCAUCUAUAUUUCGUUCGUAUUCGAGCGAUGUCUUUGCGUUAUCUAAGGAGUGUAUCUUGGAAUGUUAAGCAUCGGCAACUGACAAGGGGACACAAAUCCUAUCAACGCUGAUUCAAACAUUAUUAUUUACCUUGUCUUACUGAACACAACGAUGGAUUCUCUCAACGCCCUUGCAUCUUUUAUUUCUCCUCUAUGGCAUUAUUAUCAAUUCCAUGUAAUUAUUUUGGAUUAAUGACAUGCAAUAAUUUUAAUUAGCAUUUAAAUUAAAAUUAUAUUUAGUCAUGUGAAGAAAUUUGUGAACCUGAUCAUCGAGUUAAAUUGUUAAAUAAUAAUGGAAUCUGUGUAGUUUUACUUGAAUUAAUUUGAUAUUUUCUAGUUACUUUGACCAAUGUGAUCGUAAUGUGUGAGUUACUUUGACCAAUGUGAUCGUAAUGUGCGAGUUAUUUUGACCAAUGUGAUCGUAAUGUGCGAGUUACUUUGACCAAUGUGAUCGUAAUGUGUGAGUUACUUUGACCAAUAUAAUCGAUAUUUACUAGUUACGUUGACCAAAAUAAACUGAGACUGCUCAGGAAUCUUUUAAAUUCAUUUCGACAUUUCUUUCUGUCUAAGGGUAGAGUCCAGUUCUCAAACGGUGACAGAAUUGGGAGCAUGACGUUGUUACAGAUGAGACGUGAGUCCUAGCCACUUACCUCUACCAUCUUCUUCUUCUACCUCUACCAUAUUCUUCUUCUACCUCUACCAUAUUCUUCUUGAACUGUUUAUUCUCACAUCAAAUUGCAGCUUUCCCCCAAAAAAUAUUUAAAAAAUUUAAUUUUAAAAAAAAGAAAGAAAAAAGCCUUUUAUGUCUCUUUAUUUGAAGAUCCUAAAUUAUGAGCUUCUUGCAUUUACUCGCAGAUGGUAAAAUGGUCAAGGUCGGAGAGUACCACGCAAUGACCGACACGCUGGACUUGAGUGCUGGUGAACCCGUCAUGUGGCGAGGUAAGAUUGCCGUCUUUUGAUUGGUCAGAAGGGAUCGUUGACCGUCAAGAGCAUUUGAUGGAACUCUCCUGAUUUGGAGAUCUAUUAGUUCAUGCCAUAAAGUACUUACACUGUCUAUGUCCUUUUGGCGAAAGAGAAUCGCAAAGUGUGUAUCAACCGAAACUUAUGAAAUUGAAGGUUUACAGCUAGUUAUAAGUAGACAUAGAGUUAGGUGUAUAAAAUGUAUUUUACAUUAUCUUGUGUCGUUGUAUGUAAAUAAAUUACAUGAAUUUGAUUUUAAUAAUCUGAACAAACGAAGGCUAAUUUAAUAUGUCCGUGUUUCUAACGUUCUGUAACGUCUCAGACGGCAAACCUCCUGUUGAUCGCAGUAUAAAGAUAGACGAGCUGCGUCACGUGUCC